AUGCCCCCGGCUGAGGCCAUGGUCCUACUGCGUCUUGGUACGGUUGAGAUCUGCGAAGAAGGCGCUGCCGCCCAUGGUGUUGUGAACGCCAUGGUCAGCCUUGCGCAGAAACACAAAAGCACAAAACAUUUCAAAGGCCUGAUCAACGCGACCCUGCGCAAGGUGGGCGGCGAGGGCCGUGGCAAAUGGCGCAGCCUGCCUGCCCCGCAGCUGCCGAAAUGGCUGCGCAAACCGCUGGGCGAUGAUUACGGCAAGGCCACCGUCGCUGCGAUGGAAGAAGUUCAGGCCAUGCAGCCCCCUCUGGAUCUGACGGUGAAGAAUGGCGACAGCCAGGCGCUGGCUGAAAAGCUUGGUGGCGAGGUUAUGCCGGGUGGUUCCGUGCGCCUGCGCGAAUUUGGUCAGGUCAGCAAACUGCCCGGCUUUAAAGAAGGUGACUGGUGGGUACAGGAUAUGGCCGCCGCCCUGCCCGUGCAGCUGCUGGAUCUGAAACCUGGUGAAAAAGCCCUGGAUCUUUGCGCCGCUCCUGGCGGGAAAACCAUGCAGAUGGCCGCGCUUGGCGCAGAUGUUACCGCAUUGGAUCUGUCAGAAAAACGCAUGACACGGGUACAGGAAAACCUGGACCGUACUGGUUUGAGCGCAAAGCUGGUCACAGGGGACGCGCUGGAACAUCAGGGGCAAUAUGAUGCGAUUCUGCUGGAUGCGCCCUGUUCUGCCACCGGCACCAUGCGCCGCCAUCCAGAUCUGGCGCGUGCCAAGGAUGGUUCCGAUUUCCCGGGUCUCUUUGAACUUCAGGAACGUAUGAUCGACCACGCCCUGACAUUGCUGGCCCCUGGCGGACGUCUGGUAUUCUGCACCUGUUCCCUGCUGCCGGAUGAAGGUGAAAUUCAGACAGAAGACGCGCUGAAACGGCAUGAUGGCCUUGAAAUCAUCAAACCCGACCUGCCGUUUAUCGACCCGGCAUGGAUCAAACCGGAAGGCGGCAUUCGCCUGCGGCCCGAUUACCUGGCGGAUCAGGGUGGCAUGGAUGGGUUCUAUAUGGCGCUUAUGCGUAAGACCUGA